AUGGCCGGCAGCCCAUACCUAAGAAAUUCUUCAUCGACUCAUACAACUACACACGAUUGUGUCGAUAGUAACGGUUCUUCAACAUCCGGUUAUUUUAACGGAUUUCGCUCAUCUUGUGGUAGUAGUAAUCAACGUCGUCUGCAUUCUGCAUCAUCGCAUAACAAUAAUGAUGAACAACGAAGUUAUCAAAAAUAUAAUGGUUCAACAGCAACAGCAACAACAAGAACACCGACAACAUCCGUGCAGGCUAAUAGAAAUAGCACCCGAGGCAGUUAUUAUCAUAACCAAUAUCACAAUAAUUCACCAUCAUCAGCUCAUUCUUCUCAUUACAAUUAUCAUUACGGUGGCGCUCAACAUAACGGUUACACUACAACAUCCGCAGAGAAAGGUGAAAACUCAGCAAAUGAUUCAGGCAGCAAUAACACAAACACUGAUAUUAGCAAUGAGAUCACAAAUGGAAAUCAAUUGAAUGGAGGCGGUUUUGACUCGCUUGAGCAAGACUUUCCAUCGCUUAGUGGCAAAGAAACAUCGGGUUUGAAAUCACGUUUGUCGGCUGGUAGUACUAAUGCAAACGGAAAUUUAUUCAACGGCACUGAUCAAUAUAGUCCAAAAUCGACAUGCCCAACAAAUGAUAUUGAUGGUAAUUCAAUUGGUUCAACGUCAUUAUCGCCCUCAAGCAGUAUUUGGGCUAAUGCAGCUGAGAAACUACGUUCAUGUCAUCUUGAUCAAAAUAUUAUGAUAUCACCCGUUCACCCUGUUAAAAUUCUCGAACGAUCAACAUCAUCUUCAUCAACAACAAACACAUUAACACGUGCCAGUAACCUUUUUACACCCAGUCGUAUUUUAACACGAAAAGAUCGUUUAUUGAGUGUACCAACCAACUCAUCAUCGGCGUCGACAACACUAUCAAAUUCAAAUGGAAAUUCAACAUUGAAUAACAGUUUAAAUUCGAAACCCAUUGUACUUGAAUUACCGACAAAUUGUAUAACGCAAACAAAAAAUCUAGAUAAACGAAGUGAAUUUUUUAAUUCUUUAAAAAAUUCUCCGGUAACUCUUACUGAUAUUCAGCAACAAUCAGCAUCGACAGUAAAUGGUAGUGGGAGCGAUUUAAAAAUGAACGAUCGUCUAUCAUCGAACCGAUGUUCAUUAGCGGCUAAUUCCAAUAGCACUACCAACAAUAGUCAACAACAACAAGUGUAUGAAAAUUUACUGAAUGUGUCCGUCAAUGGUACUGUCAUUAGUAGUCAUGAAGAUGAGUGUGAUAUAAACGAUCCAAAUAUGACCUCAUCUUCGAGUACUGAUCUAACACAAAUGUCAUCAAUAUCAAUGCCUGAACCUCAAGAAGAAAAAGAAUUAUUAACUCGUAUGGGUUGGAAAGAAAAUGACGAUCAAACUUACACUAUAACAGAGGCUGAUAAAGAAGAAUUUGAAAACAAAAAAAGAAAACUGUUAAUGAAAGGUCAAGAGAAGAAGUAUUCAUCCAAAUGUUCAGCAGCUUUAAUGAAACAAUUAAGAGAACGUGGUCUACCUUCGCUGAAACGAACAGAUAUUAUUUAUCUUGAAAUGGCCUCUGAAGAAUCAGACGAUGACAUUUAUUGUGAUAAUAAUCCAUAA